GGAGUUUGCUGGAGAUGUAACGUGACAGGAUUAAAGGAACUUGCCUAGAGACCACACACACAACUGUGUUUAUUCCAAUUCAUACAAGAGGGAUUCACAAGUCACAAGAUGGCGGUGGAGUUUGAUGAGGAGACAAUGCAGGAGCUGUACACCUGGGUGGACACAAUCCCCUUAUCCAGACCCAAAAGGAACAUCGCCAGGGAUUUCAGUGACGGCGUGCUGACGGCUGAGCUGGUGAAGUUUUAUUUCCCUAAACUUGUGGAAAUGCACAACUACGUGCCGGCCAAUUCAACCACUCAGAAACUCAGCAACUGGACUAUACUGAACAGGAAAGUUCUCAGCAAGCUCAGCUUCUCUGUUCCUGAUGACGUGAUCCGUAAGAUUGUCCAGUGCUCCCCGGGGGUCGUGGAGCUGGUACUUAAUACCUUGCGGCAGAAGAUCGAGGAGAAGCAGAGACUACAUCACAUUUCAGCUGAUUUAUCUCAGGAGCAAGCGACACAGAAUAAUGGAAACACUCACGCUGAUAAAGGGUAUAAAAGCAAUGGCACAGAACUCAGCCCGAGACAAGGUGCCAGGGUGGAUCCAGCAAGUAAAACACACCAAGGAUAUGCCCAGGCGGCCAACGCUGACACCACCCUGCGCUUCCAGCUGGCAGAGAAGGAGCAGACUUUGAUCUUAUCACAGGAGACUAUUCAGAUUCUGCAGGCGAAGUUGCGGCGGCUGGAGCAGCUCCUUCUGUUGAAGAACGUCCGCAUUGAUGAUCUGACCCGGCGACUGCAAGAACUGGAGAAGAAAUGACAGAAUCACAUUUAUACGACAUUAUUUCCUUUUUAUAUUGUAAUAUAAGGGGAUAUGUUUGCUGUGUUGGUUGUUUAAGCUUGUAUAUAUAUAUAUAUAUACUGUAUAUAGCUACCUGCAAGGGUUUUCUACACAUUAUAAGCACAUUUAGGGAAUGUGGGAUACAGGUGAAACAUUAAAAGCCCUUUGUAUAACAUAUGUGAAAUCCAAUUGACAUUAGUGCUGUAAAAGUCUAUCUCACAAGUUAUUCAGGCUCUCUUUAUCACAGUGUGUGUCAUUAGCAGCAAAGGCCACUAGGGGGAGAGCUAAGAAAUGACUUGUUUGCAGACAAACUGUAAGUAAGAAGACUUCCCCCAAUUGCCCCUUAUGUGAGACUCCAGCUAAGAAUUCAGCCAGUUAAUACAGGGCAGCUGCCAGUUGUAGCUGAACUGGAACAUGAGUUCACACUAUACACUGGCACUAUCUGCUUUAUGAUGAUGAGUUCAAUUACAGAUCUGUAGUUUAAUAAAAUGAUAUUGUUUUUUUUAGCAUUUUA